UCGGUGUCCAGUAAAUCCUGGGUAUCCUUGGUUGCCCCAGAUUGAAUUCAAUUGCAACUGGUAAUUUGGUAGUUCAAUUGGACAUUUGAGAAAGAUCCCUUGACACGUACAAGAACCACGUCAGACACAUACAUACCGCAAUGGCUACUAUCGCACGCCAACCCUUUGCGCCGCUCGACGGACCGCGACUGCAGACACUGACGAGCCAGAAGAACCGACAGAAUGCUCUUUCAAACUCUCCUGGAAAGCGAAAGGCGGCCGAAAGCUUAGAUACGGAUGAUUCCGAGAACGUCGACCCGCAACUCUUCUCUAAGAGAUCGAAGGGCUCAGAUAGCAGCAAUAGCUCGACUAAGGAUCCUCUUGCCAAGCCGUCAUUCUUUCUCACCAAGUCUAUAAGCGCCAGCAACAUCGCUGUUGCCAGCCCGCCCAAGGCAGCUACUCCCCGAUCACGAUCGCAUCUCAACCCCAAAUCGCCCACCAAGUUGAACACUGGCAUUACGAAGUCGCCUCUGUCUGCGCCCGCUGGCCGAUCCCCAACUCGUGGCAAGAAAACCGGCAUUCUCUCGUCUCGCCGCCGCACCGGCGCAUACUCUCGCGUGGACCCGCCUUCUUUCGGCCUCUCUAGCACUGGAACCCCAUUUUCUCUCGACGCCGCUCUGAAAGGAACCAUCCCCAGCUACGCCAGCCGCCAUCAUGGCUCCAGCAAGUCCGUCUCCAAAGCACCAGCACCCGCCGCUGCCACCGCCGCCUCGCCUAGCUCCGUGGAAUUCGGCAGCCUGCACGAGAGCGAGAUGAUGAAGUCGUCGUGGUUCUUCGACAUCCACGAGGACACGCAGGAGCAGGAGAUGACGAACCUGCUGCAGCACAGCACGUGCGUGCUGGACAUCAGCUCGGACGAGGAGAGCGAGAGCCGCCGCCAGCGCGAGCGCGCCGAGGGCAAGGAGAACGUGCCCCCCGCCGACGACGUCUCGCAGACCUCGUCGCGACCCCGCGCAGCAGCAGCAGCAGCAGCAGCAGCAGCAAGACAGGCACCUCUAUCAGACGACGAGAUGGUGUUCGAGAAGGAGCGCUACCCGCUCGGCGAGAUGAACGUCCGCGAGUACUACUCGGAAGGGUAUGAUGAGAACUCUGUUGUUCUGGUUCUUGAUGACGAGGAGAGCGAGGGCCAGCAGCAGGGAGGUUCCAACAACCACAACGGCGAGCUGCCGUCUUCUGCCCACCAACUCGAGGACCCGCAAGAGUCCGCGGCUGAAGAAGCCGUCGUCGUCGUCGCUAAGAGCGUCGCGGAGUUGAUGGAGAAGACGGACGCGCCGGCCCCCGGAGCUGCCCUGCUCGAGCCGUUGGAGGGAACAGGCGAGAGCUUCGAGGUGUGGGAGAGUGGGAGCGCCAAGGAUGAGGCGGAGACUACGGCUACGGAGACGACGAUAUGAAUUGGUUUAAUUGCUAUGACCAUGACCACCACGAACUUCACGGACAAGUGUCCUCGCAAUGUAUUUUGUGUUUUUUUGCUUUCCUCAGGACU